GCCAAACAACUAAACACUAAAUACACUGUAUUUUCAAUGAAUACUGUAUUUAACUGUUUGUAUAGAAAGACAAAAACAUAUUUCAUUUCAUUUCAUACACUAAUCAGCCGUUCAUUCAAUACAUCAGUAUUUGUCGACUGAAUCCUAAUUUGUUGAUCAAAAAUACAAAUUGUCUUUAAAUCGAUAAACAAUUUAAUUAUUGGUUACAAAUAAUGUCUGCAAUCAUUGAAAAGGCGAUCACUAGGGCUCGGAUGGCAUUCAUCCGAAACACGACCAAAGGUAUCGACUUUCGUGUCUCGCAAUUGAAUGCAUUGUAUAAAUGUGUGGACGAAAACGCCGACGCCUUCAUCAAUGCUCUCCGAAACGAUUUCAGAAAACCACCGAUGGAGACAGUGAUCGCCGAAUUGGAUUUCGUCAAGAAUGACAUUAAAGACCAGUUAAUGCAUAUCAAAGAGUAUAUGAAACCGGAGUACGUGUCGAAGAGUCUGGCGGUGAUGAUGGACACGGCGUACAUCCAUAAAGAGCCGUUUGGUUUGGCGCUGAUAAUCGGUGCGUGGAACUACCCUGUUCAAUUGACUCUAUGCCCACUCGUCGGUGCCAUCGCUGCCGGCAAUUGCGCUAUCAUUAAGCCGUCGGAAAUCGCUGACAACACGGCCACCACUUUAGCCGAAUUGAUUCCCCGAUAUCUGGACAAUGAGUGCUAUCACGUGAUCACUGGAGGACCCGAAGCCACGCAAGAACUACUGAAAGAGAGAUUUGAUUAUAUAUUCUUCACGGGUUCGACACAAAUCGGACGCCUCGUGAACGAAGCGGCGGCCAAACAUCUGACACCCAUUACCUUAGAAUUGGGCGGAAAGAGUCCGCUAUAUAUUGAUGAUUCGGUACCAAACCUGGAGAUUGCGUGCAGACGGCUGUUGUGGGGGAAACUGAUAAACGCUGGCCAGACGUGUGUCGCACCCGACUAUGUGUUGUGUUCGCCGAAAGUGCAAAAAUCAUUGAUAGAAAGCGCACAGAAGAUCAUCAAAGAGUUCUACGGCGAGGACCCGAAAAAGUCGCCCGAUUUGUGUCGAAUCGUUAAUAAGAGACACUUUGAAAGAAUCACCAAAUUAUUGAAUUCUGGCGGAAAGGCUGUCGUCGGCGGACAGACAGACCCCUCCGACAACUAUAUCGCGCCCACUAUUCUGGUCGACGUCUCGCCUAACGAUCCCAUAAUGAAUGAGGAAAUCUUUGGACCAAUUCUUCCGAUUAUAAACGUUGGGUCAGAAGACGAAGCCAUCGAUUUCAUCAAAAAAGGCGAAAAACCGUUGUCUUUGUAUAUUUUUACAAACAGACAAAAAACUGUCGAUAAGUUUGUAAACCAGACAUCGAGUGGAUCUAUUUGUGGAAACGAUAGCGUUAUUCAUCUCACGAUCGAUACGUUACCGUUUGGAGGGAUCGGGGCUUCAGGUAUGGGUCGAUAUCACGGAAAGUUCUCUUUCGAUACCUUCUCACACAAGAAGGCGGUUGUGAUUCGCGGAUAUAAUCCCGUUCUGGAAGCGAUCGGAUCUAAACGCUAUCCGCCUUAUAGUGAGAGUAAACAGCGAUUUAUGUCCCUAUUAUUGGCCAAAAGGCGUGACUUUACGCCCAAUAAUUUGUCCCAAUAUUUUAUGUACGCUUUGGGUGUCGUAACUGUCCUCGGCUUUCAGGCCCUCUACUGAUUGGCACAACUAUUUGAUUGCAUAUAUUUUGCACUUAAAUAUUCAGUUCAAACAUUGAGUUGUUUUAAAGAUUUGAUAUAUACUUUGCAAUUAAGGCAC